CCUUCCCAUUUUUUCUUUCUUUUUUGGACUCCUGCCUCUUUUCUCGCUCCUACCCUGGCAUUCGAACCUUUGUCGUUUUCAUCCAAAGGUGGAAUGAAUGAAUGGAAAGACGGCACGCUCAUGACGUUUCGCGUCCUGCUUUGAGCACGGUCUACGGAGUACACAUCAUCUACCAUUGCAGAUCGACCAUGUCUUCAACUUCUUAUUAACCUCCGAUCCCGUCCUACACAAAAACCUACUUGUCAAAGCGGUCUCGGUCCCAGCAACCUCGACGCCGCCUGAAAUGCUGACCAGACUCCAUCUCAAGUUUCUGGCCCCUGGUCUCGCCCUCCUCGUCAUCCUCGUCUUUUUUCUCCUCCUCAGCGACCAGCACUUCCGCCUCCCAGCAGCCGCGACAGCCAGUCUAUGCAAAGGCAUUAACGGCAACCCGACAUCCUCCUCCCACGAGACCGACACAUCUCCCUUCCCCUCCUCCGACCGAGAAUACACGUACAUUCCCAACCAGGCGCAUUUCGUCUACGUCCUCGCCGACCCGACAUCCGACUUUGGUCUACACUUUAGCCACUACCUCUCCAUCUACGCAGCCUGGCGGCACUGGAAGCCCGAAAAGAUCUACCUCCACACCAACGCGCACGCGUCGUCCAUCGACCGCGCCACCAACGGCACCUCGGGGAAAUGGGACAACCUCAUCUUCAACAUGCCGGGUCUGGAGGUGCGCCACGCCGACGUGCCCACGCACGCCAACAACGGCAAGGCGAUCCAGGGGCUAGAGCAUAAAUCCGACUUUGUGCGCGUCGAGGCGGUGCGCGAGCUGGGCGGCGUGUACAUCGACUGGGACGUGCACGCGCUGCGCGACGUGCGGGUGCUGCGGGAGAGCGGGUUCCGGGCGGUGGCGGGGCGGCAGCUCGGCGGGCAGGUGAACAGCGGCGUGUUCAUGUCCGUGGCGGGCGGGAAGCUGAUGACGCUGUGGCAGACGGGCAUGCACGAGCGGUACACGGGCGGGUGGACGACGCAUAGUAACGAGGUGAUCACUAAGUAUGCGGAGCGGUUGGUGGCCGAGCCCGGGGAGGCGCUUAUUAUGGAGAGGGAGGCGUUCGCGCCGGGGAGCUGGAACGGGGAGGAUAACGAUAUGCUGUUCGCUGUGCAUGGGGAUGCGCCGUCGAAUCUGGCCAACGUGACGCAGGGCGAUGCGUUGCCGGCGUUUGACGAGGGGUUUGCGGACCGGUGGGAGAGGCCGGGGGAGUUCCCCGAGUGGGAGCGGGACUGGUCACGGUCUUACCUCCUCCAUGCCUUUAACCCUGAUCGGUUUGGGCAUAAAGUGAAGGGGUUUGAUCAUAUUACGCCUCGGUAUGUGUUGGAAAGGCGGAGCAACUUUGCCCGGGCCGUGUAUCCCAUUGCUAGGGAGCUGUAUAAUGAGGGUCUUAUAGAGAUUGACGACUCGUAUUUGGGAGUUUAGGGAUCGGGAUAUAAUGAAUAUAGUUUAAUGUUAUUAUUUGCGUC